CUCAACACAGUAAGAUUAUAGUCUGUGCCAUUUCUAAUUUAUAACCUCAAAUUGAGGAAAAUAAUAUUAAAUUUAUUUACUUUUUUGUAUUUCUUCAGAACGAAGUUAAUAAUUAAAAAUAAGUUAAAUACCAUAAUGCUAUCCCGUAACUUACGGUAUGCAUGUCGUCGCUAUAGUCAGGCUGUAACUUUCAGAACAACUGAAUCUUCCCCCACUCAACAGACUGAUAAUCAAUUCGGUUUAUUCUAUACAGUAAACAAAGAUUUGUGUAAACAACUUUAUGGUCAUGGUGGACUUCCUAAGUCUUAUACAAAGCAGUCAAAAACCUUUGCUGAAACUGCUAUAAUGGUGCGACAACCUGCAUUGGAUAUAAUCAACUGCAUAAAAGCCUCAGAUUUAAAUAAACCUGCCAUCAGAUAUGUUUUAUAUGGUGAGGAUGGAACAGGCAAAUCUAUGACUAUUGCUCAUUUAUUGCACUAUGCUUUUGAAGAGGGAUACUUGAUUGUUCAUGUUCCUUGGGUAUCGGACUGGUUGCGAAGGGUUUUACGCCAUAAGGAAAUGGCAAAUUCACUGACUCGUGAAGGGCUUGUAGACCUACCACUUGAUGCAGCUGCUUGGUUGUUGCAUUUUAAAACUCAAAAUCAACACUUGUUAAAGUCACCAGAAUUCAUUGUAUCAAAGGAAUAUGUUUGGAGUAAAAGAGAGAAAACGGAAGCUGGUGCACCAUUACAUGAACUUGUUGAACUGGGCAUUGCAAGAGUAAAAUAUGCUUGUGAUGUGGUUGAUGCCAUUGUAAAUGAAGUUAAACUCCUCUCAAAUUGUAAAAAGUGUAAGACCUUUGUUGCCGUGGAUGGGUACAAUGGAUUCUUUAAUCCUCUGACUCGUCUAAAAACUCCCACAAAGAAAAAGGUUGCACCAGAAGAGGUCACGUUGACUACGUCUAUUUUGGAACUUACCAAAAACAACUGGACAAAUGCUGUGAUGGUGCUUAGUACAGAUUCAAUCGCAAAUCCUGAUGAUGACACUAAGAAUUAUCUGCCGCAACAUUUGUUAUUUAGAAAGGGCUUUGAUCACUUAGAUCCUUUUGUUCCGAUAAAAGUUGACCGUUACACUGAUAGAGAAUUUCUCACUUGUGCAAGUUACUACAGGGACAGGCUUUGGCUAAGAGGACCACAGGACAUGGAGACAGAACUUAAGCUUACUAGUGCUUGUAAUCCAUUCAAGUUUAUGGAACAGUGUGCACCAUUAUAAAUUAUAUUUAUGUUAGGUAUUAAAUAGUUGUAAAUAG